UCAGAGGCCGUACAGGAAGUGAAGAGGGACGGACACACCUGUGUGAUGCUGGGGGGGGACCACAGCCUGGCGAUCGGCUCCAUUCACGGCCACGCGGCGGCGGUGGGAGAUCUGAGCGUCCUGUGGGUGGACGCUCACGCCGACAUCAACACGCCGCUGAGUUCAGGGACCGGAAACAUCCACGGACAGCCCAUGUCCUACCUGCUGCACGAACUGCAGGAUCAGAUCCCCGUGCAGCCGAGCUUCUCCUGGAUCCGACCGUGUGUUUCUGCUAAAGACGUCGUGUACAUCGGGCUGAGGGACCUGGAUCCAGCAGAACACUACCUGCUGAAGCGGCUGGGGGUGAAGGUGUUCUCCAUGACGGAGGUGGACCAGCUGGGCGUGGCUAGAGUGAUGGAGGAGACGUGCGACUACCUCUCUGACAAAGUGAAGAAACCGAUCCACCUGAGCUACGACGUGGACGCCAUCGACCCGUCGGUGACGCCGGCGACCGGGACCCCGGUGGCGGGGGGGCUGACGUACCGGGAGGGGGUCUACAUCGCAGAGCACAUCGCACAGACCGGCCUGCUGUCAGCGGUGGACCUGGUGGAGGUGAACCCCCUGCUGUGCAGCGAGGCGGGGGUCAGCUCCACCGUCAGCACAGCCAUCACGCUGCUGCUCGCCUGCUUCGGACGCCUGCGCCAGGGAGCCCACCCCCCCGCCUACCGCCUGCCCGAGCCCUGACGCCCGCUUCUCCCACUGCACCUGAACGCCUCGCACCAACCUCAGAGCUGCUAGCACCAAGGACGGGGGUGUUUUUUGAUUAAAAACACAUGGAAUGAUAUAUACUUUAUAGAUUUAUUUAAUGUAUUUGUUUUGAUUAUUUAAUAUAUUAACUUUCAGGAAAGAGUAACCGAGAAUUAUAUCUGAAUUGAAUCCAUAAAUAUGAUUAAAGUGUUAAAUGAAGGAAGAUACAACAUGGAUAUUUUUAAGUUAGAUUUUAAUUUUAAUAUUGAUUUUGUUUCCUUACGUUUGGGAAUCUUUCCUGUAAAAUAAACCGCUUUAAUCUGAUUGUUUUCUCAGAAUAUGAAACCCUACUGGGCUCAAAUGAAGUCCCGUGGGCUUUGAACAGUGAAAUAAGGGAAAUAACAGAUUAAAUAUCCAGUAUUUAGUUUGACUUAUAAUAACUUUAAAAUCAAACGAAUGCAAAACGUAUAUUCAUAUUUAAGAUAUUUAAGAAACACUUUUUUGUGUCUUUUAUAUUUGAAGUAAAUCCUGUCUUUCACCAUCGAUUAAAACCUGCACUUUUCAGACGAGGAUGAUCUUUGAGCCGAAACGUCUGAGAGAGAUUUCAAAACAUCUCGUGCUGCGUUCAUGUGACAACUGUGCAAAUUCAGAUUAGGAUGUGGCCUUGAGGGGGUGUGUGUUUAAAUAAAAUACAUCCUGAGGA